AUGAAAAUCAUAAGCUGGAACUGUCGGGGGCUUGGGAACCCCCGAACAGUUCAAAUCCUUCGGUUACUAGUGAAGGAGAAGUUACCCGACGUGGUUUUUAUUAUGGAAACUAAACUAAACUAUGGGAGAUCAUAUAGGAUUGCAAAGUCUUUGAAUUUCGAAGGAUGUUGUGUUAGUGAGGCCGUUGGUAGAAGUGGAGGUCUCAUCCUGAUGUGGAAACAAAAAGAAUUACUCGAGUUAGUUAAUUUCUCAAGAUUUCAUUUUAAUGUGAUGGUUAAAGAUGGUUUCAGUAGUUUUAGUUGGCUGUUGACAUGUUUUUAUGGGCAUCCGAAUGCUUCCUUAAGAAAAUAUACUUGGAGCCUUCUAUCUUCUUUCAAACCGGGUGAGGAGGGGUGGGCGGUGAUUGGUGACUUCAAUGAGAUUUUAUACAACAAUGAGAAGGUAGGGGGAAAUUACAGAAGUGAAUAUCUCAUGAGAAGUUUCAGAAAGGUUCUAGUGGAGGGAGAUCUGUUUGAUUUAGGGUGGAAAAGAAACAAGUUUACGUGGUGCAAUCAUCAUGAAGAUGAGUCUUUUACCAAAGAAAGAUUAGAUCGAGCCCUUGCUAAUUUGAGGUGGAAAGCUUUAUACUCAAAGGUUUCAGUGGAAACACUCCCAGCUAUCUGUUCUGACCACAGCCCAAUACUAUUUGACUGUAGUAUUGAGAGGUGUUCAGAAGCCAGAUACUUCUUUUCUUUUAAGUAUGAAGCCAAUUGGAGUAAGGAGGAGGGGUGUAGUGAGACUGUUGGGGAGGCCUGGCAUGGCAGUAGUGGAGGAGAGACUAGUUUGAUUAGGAUCAUGAAAAAGCUGGACAGUACAAGAAGGGGGCUUCAGAGCUGGAGCGGAAAUAUGGUUAGAGAUAGAAACAGAGCUCUUAAGGAAAAAACUCAGCUUUUGGGUGAUUUGCAAAGCCGAGCAGAUUCUAGUACUAUGAAUGAACAAAAAAGUAUACAGAAAGAGCUGGAUUUUUUGCUGGAGCAAGAAGACACAAGAUGGAGGCAGAGGAGAAGAAAGAAGAAUAACAUAUCAAAAAUAAGAAAUGGGGAAGGGACAGAGUUGAGGAAAAGGGAAGAUAUAGCUGCAGGUUUUAAGGAUCUCUACACAGCAAUCUAUAAGUCAACAGCCCUUAGUUCAGCUUGCAUUGAGCAAUGUAUUCAGGGAAUUGAAACGAGAGUGACAGAUGAUAUGAAACAAGGGUUGGAAAGGGAUUUUACAGAAAGGGAAGUGGAGGUAGCCCUAAAAUAG